ACUUAAUGUAACUUCUGCUCAAUCUUUAGCAGACAAGAAUUUCGCGGACUGUACUCAGAUACUCAGAGAGUCUUCUGUAUUAAGAUAAUUACUCGUUUAAAGCCUGGGAUCUUAUUAUUUCCUACCAAGUCUUGCACAAAACAUUAGUAAAUUCAAACACGAAUUUAUCCUGUUGACAUUUUUUAUAUUUUAUUUGCAGUCCAAAAAGUACAAUUUGAUGAGGAAGACACACUUAAAUUGAAGUCCACAAGUGAUCAGUGGCGGCAACUAGUUUUUAUAACUCUUACUCACAUUCGUUAUUGUGAAAUACAGCGGGUGACUAUUAUGGGUUGCAUGAGCUCGAAACAAUUGCUGUUCAAAGUACUCAUGGCAAAUGAGGCGGGCAAGUACGAUAUCUCUGGCUAUCUCCUAUUCCGGGAGUCUCAAGACAACGACUGCCCUGCAAUAAGGUCCAGUCACGGGGAGCCAGAAUUAGUGCUUUUGAAUCAUUGGAAGGAAGAUAUGGCAAGGGAAUCCAGGAGCUUCUCUUGGAAAAUCAGUCAGAUUAAGACUUAUGGAUACUGUCAUGGAACAUUCAUGUUUGAGUGUAGAGCAACAGCUCCGCCUGUGACUUCAAAUGGAUCGAUGCAAGUAGCGUGUAGUCGAAAUUUAACUAGGAGUGCCAGAGGAGCUGGCACCAGGUUCCUGUUUAAGACUCCCCAGGCGCGACAGAUUUUCAAACUUCUGCAGUUGUGGUGUCACGAGGAGGCUCUUAAGAUGGAGAGGGGGUUCGACAGUACUGUGUGGGGUAGACAUGAGGACAACAUGGCGGUGUGCCAGAUGUCUGCGAGUGGAGAAAGGAGUUUGAUAAGGGCCAGAUCAGACUUGUGCUCUGAAGACGGGGACGGGGUCCAAUUGGUGAGAGUUGAAUGUGGCGGUGAUGAGUCCUUGUAUCGACCCCGGAAGGCAGUUCGGAACCGUUACGUGGAGGAUUUCAACAACGAGAGUAAGAGGGAUAGUAGUAGGCGAAGCUUUAACUGGCAGGAGCCCAUUCAAGAGGAGGAUGGAGAAAGUGCACAUGCGAUUACUAAUUAUCAAACAGGGCUGUACAUGAAUGAGUCUCUUGUGACUCAUGCCAGGGGUCCCACCCAAAAGAGACGUGGCGAGUAUAGCAAAAUAGUGGACAGAAAUAACAACAACUCCUUCGCGAAUCCAUGCGUGGGAGACGAGCAAAAUUCAAACAUAUACUCGGCGCUACAGUCGAGUUGCCACACUGCGGAGGAUGAACAAGCAGCUUCCAAACAAAACGCUUCUGCUUCUUACGUAAAUUACAUCCGACCGAAAAGUAGCAGUCCUUUAGCAGAAUACUGCAACAUAGAUACUCUUUCAUCUUCGCGAGGACCUGAAAGCAGUGGAAUAAGUACAGGUAGUUCGUCCAAUGUAAAUUUCUUCGAGUUUCCCGACGAAAACGUUGCUAACAAUGGUCAAAACAAUGCUAUUGUUGAAAUUCAUGGCAAUGAGUCCUCCUGUAAUUCCAAAUCUGGAAAGUUGAGCAUUAUUUACUCCGAAUUGGACAGUUCGGUGUGCUCCAGUUCGGCUUUUGAUGUUGAAAAUAGAAAGCGAAGCAGAAGUUUGGCAUCGCGAGACACGAACAGCUUAAUCGAGAGAAAGCGUCGGUCGGAUCCUUCAGUCGAAGUUUCUUACUAUCAACUGGAUGUAGAAAAAACUCGAGCACUAGCUACGACAACUGAAAGUAGAAAAGCCGAGAACAAAUUGAGAGAGAGAAUGGCCAUGCUCAACUCACAAGGCUCUGAUUUACAGGGAGAAACGACAUCCAAAAAGUUUGCUUCUAAUUUGUAUACAAGGCGGUCGUGGUCUAAUUCUACGACCCGAGAGAAACGUACAACACUGAGUAGUGCCGCCUAUUGGACAGGCUCUUGCUUAAGUAUGCGUAGUUUCAGAAGGUCGCGAUUCAGAAAGGGAGACAGAUUUUCUGGCUGAAGGCGUCAGUUAACCAAAGACGCAACAAUUAAAUCUAGUUGAAAACUUCCUUCAUCAGUUCGGAGAAAAACUCCAUUAAGCAGUAAGCUUUGAUUUAUAUAUAUUGUACAUAAAAAUAAAGAUCACGCGUAACUUUGUAAUUGGAUCCAAGAUAUCGACAAACAAA